AUGACCGCCAAUUUCAAAAACAAAAUUGCACUUCGCUAUCUCGAUGAAAAUUUGAACAGCAACGCGUACAGCGAAAGUGAAAAAAAUUUCCUGAAGAACAACAUAAACUGGAACAAAAUAAACGUAUUAAAGUGUAACAAGAAUGGAAAUGAACAGGGCAGCAGCAGUAGUAGCAGCAGUAGCAGAAGCGUCGGCAUCAUGAAGGAUAUAAACAGUGGCAACAACAACUACGCUGACAGUGCCAGCUACGACGACGUCAGCAUAAAUUACAAAAGUCUUCAAAAGUUCAAGCGUAAUUUCUAUUUGGGGGAUAAAAGUCUAAAGGACAAAAGUGUUUUAAGUAAAAGAAAGUACAGUCACCUGUCUGAAGAGUUUGAUGAAAGGAAAAGGAAACUGUCAUCGUCGCAUCUGUUCGAGGACGCCCAUGAUGGUAAUGGUGAUAGCGUCGAUGGCCACGUCGAUGGCGCAGCGUCGCACGAAAAUGCAAAUAAAGGCCAAUUUAAAAACAAAUACGAUUUUGAGUUUGUCGAGAAUUACAAAAAUGUCUACCUGAAGGAAGGCGCAACCGCCGAUGGGGUGGCACAGGGAAAAAUCUCCAAGAAACGGACGCAGCAGAUGAAGCAGUCGCAGCAUGUGCACCAGGAAGAGGAGGAAUAUGGGGACGAGCUUGCCAACAGCAAAGUGAUCAAAUAUGCGAGUAACAGCGCAGAGCAGGAUGAGGACUUCCCGAACGACCAGAGAAGCGGGAGUGGUCAAGUGAAGGGGAAAUACCAUAUUGAUAAAAUCUACGGCACCUGCUUGGAAAAUGUCGAAAGUUCAUUCAUCCUAACGAGGAACAUGAAAAAGAGCUAUAAAAAUUUUAUACAAAACGAAAAAAAAAAAAAAAAAAAAAAAGAAGCAGAUGGGUAUACGAACGAGUCGGAUGCAAAUGUCUAUACAAGUAUUCUCGAGGGGAACAGGUUUCUGUGUCCAGAUGACAUAGGGUUGAACUAUGCCUUGGAAGAGGAGCCGACGGGGGAGCCGGAAGAUGAAGAUGAAUUGGAAGUGGAAGAUGAUGUGGAAGGAGAUUAUUUUAACAACACACCAAAGAAUUACCUCACCCGUGAGACCAGCGAUUUGAACGAAGUUCUUGACAUGUUUAAUAGCGCACACGAAAAGGUCGAUGUGAGGAAUAAGUGCAGUGAUAGUAAAAAUGAGGAGGCACAAAGCACCCAAUUGGACGGUGAUUAUAAUUCCACAUGCAAUGAAGAGCCAAAUGAUCAUUCACUCGAGGCUGGUAGAUUGGGCCAGGAACAGAACAGCAACAAUGACGAUGGCGACAGUGGCGAAGAGGUCCACCCCACGGAUGGACAAUCAUAUUUAACAGAACCAGAAAAGGAAACACAGUUUUUUACACCUUUCCAAACCGUUGACAAGACGAAUCUCGUAAGUACGUUCAAAGAUGAAGAAGACGAAAUGGACCAGGCCCAAGUAGAGGGACAUAUCAAUAACCACAUUCCUGCCACAGAGAAGGAAUCGAAUAAGGGGCCUUAUAUGGAAGGUAACAUGUCGGUACCAGAAGAAAAAAUACACGUGAAAGAAGAAAAAGAGAAAGGAAUGGAGGAAGAUCAAGAAACACGUGAAGGCGACAGUGAAAAUGGAUGUGAUAUGGAAUCCCAUGAUGUGGAUCAUGUGUCCAUAAGUGGAAGUCAGUUGGAGAAGGAAAAUUUCGAAGAGUGCAAUAGCGCUGCGAUGGAGGAAAGGGUUUUCCCCGUCAUACAUAAGAAGAAGCAGCAGAUGCAGGACAAUGUGAUGGGGAACAAAGAUAGGCAGAACGCAUCACGCGGUUUAGAUGGCACAGCGGCAGAUGCUGCUAUCACAUCCGCGGGUCAAUUUGCCAAACCGAAAGAUAAAAUUAACAAUCCUGUAUGUAGGAUUAACAAAAAUGCAAGUGCCGUCAACAAACAGAACAAUAAAGUAACACCAGGGGGAAGGAACAAAAAAGAUGAUCUCAAAAAUUGCCUAAUAAAAGAGGAAGUGCCAAAAGAGAACAGCAAUGUUAAUUCGGCAGGCACCGUGGUUAGAGUCAAAGAAGAAAACUGCGAGGAUCAUAUUAGGAAGGAUGCAAUGUCAUCAAACAGUAACGCGAGCACAAUGGAUAAUGCUAAGGAUGAUUUUGGAACCACUAGAAUAAAGAUGGAGGGGCAGGAUAGCAGGGCGCACAUAAAGACAGAGUCCACCAAAAUCCAGCAGGUGGAUAAUCGAAGCGACGUGCAGCAGCCUAACACGUGUGAGCAGCAUGACGCGUCGCCACUCUUGACGCAAGGUAUACCAAGGAAUACGCCUCAGAGUGCGGGCGCCAACAAGUGUCCCAAAAAAGUUGGCGACAGUGUUAGCAGUGGAUCGAGCAACAGGGCCAGAGACAGGAGAAGUGCCCACACAGGGGACGAGCAAAGUAAUAAGAGAAGCGGGUUGUAUGAAAAUGUGUCUAGCAGAUUUUCGAGAAUUUUCGGUUUCUCCUCCAGAAGGGUUAAUAGUGAUGAAUCGGACGGAAGCUCGGACAGUGAACGGGACAGUAGGUACAGGAGAAGGUACAGCAGCGACGAAGAUGCAGAGGAAGAGGAGGAGGAAGAAGAAGAGGAGGAGAAUAAAGAGACAAACGAAAGUGCACAGAGUGAGCGGAAGGAAUCAAGCGCAUCGAAUGAUCCCAAUGAAGGACGCACAGACGAGGCACGCAACUCGAUAGAACAAGAACAAGAGGACAGUGCCCACAUGAUUAACACUGCUCAGUUGAAAGAUCCCUCGGAAGAGGGCGAUGACGUCAACGAUGAACAUGCCUCCAGUGAAGAAAAACCAAGUGAGGGUGAGAGCAAGGAAAAUUUGCAAUCAUCUGAAAGCAGGGAUGAGGACGAUGACAAGGUUAGUGACGACACUGGUGACAAGGUUGGUGACGACACUGGUGACAAGGAUGGUGACGACACUGGUGACAAGGUUGGUGACGACACUGGUGACAAGGUUGGUGACGACACUGGUGACAAGGUUGGUGACAACACUGCUGAUAACACCGGGGAUAACAUCGGUGACAACACUGCUGAUAACACCGGGGAUAACAUCGGUGAUAACAUUGGUAGAGGGGACCUCACCAGCAGAACGGAAAAGCCGAAGAGCCCAUUGAGGGCCAAGAAAGUUAAUCAGAGAAGAGUAAUCCGUGUGAAGAAAGAACCACGGGGCAGAGCCAACCAAGCAGAAAUUGAAACAAGGACAUGCAACAUAUGCAACGCUGUUUUUGCAAACAGCAAAUUAAUGCACAGACAUGUGAUGAGUGUCCACUCUGACGAAAGGCCAUUCGAGUGCGACAUUUGUCUCAAGCGGUAUAAAAGAGCAGACCACUUGAAGCUGCAUCGCAUAAGACACGACCUAAACAAAGAGGAGAAGAAGUUCCAGUGCUCCAUCUGUCAGAUGUUCUUUAAAACGCCCAGACAGUUAAAAAAUUGCAAGUUGAAGCAUAUGAGGUUUUCCAUGGGUAAUAGGUAUGACGGCGAGUGGGCGACGAGGAAGCAAAUGGAAGACGCUGUCGGAGGGGUAGAUAACAAUUCGGAGGGCCAUCCAGACGAAGAGGAAAACCACGAGAGUGGUAAGACAAUGCAAAGCGGUGAAGAGCAUGUUGAGGGAGAAAGACACAAUGGUGAUAGCGAGAACGGUACAUUGAGAGGCGAUAAUGCCUCAGAACAUGCUGGCACUGAGCUCAGCGCGCAAGGGGAAGAAGGGGAUGAUCGCCAAAUUGUACCUUACGAGCAGCAGGCGAGCGCGGAACAGCUGCAAAUUGUACCUCACGAACAGCAGGCGAACACGGACAAGCGCAAAAUUGAAGCCUCUGAACAACAGGCGAACGCGGAACAGCGGUGGGAAGUAAAGAGGGAGAACUGCAGUCCAAGUAGAAUUUCUGUUGAAAUUCGAACGUGCAAUGUGUGCAGUAUGAUUUUUGCAAAUAAAAAAUUAAUGAAAAGACACCUAAUGAGUGUUCAUUCAGAAUCAAGACCAUACAAGUGUCACCUAUGUAUAAAAACGUACAAGCGGUCGGAUCAUUUGAAGAAACAUAUUUUAACCCAUAAAGAUAAUAAAGAGAAAAUAAAAUACACUUGUUCCAUUUGUCAAUCUAGCUUUGACACUCCUAAAGAAUUAAGAGCGCACAAGAUAAGGCACUACACAUGUCCAUAUGAAAAUUGCUCCUAUUCCUAUUCGACCAUUUCUAAAAUGAAGUACCAUUUGAAUAAGCACAGAUGUAACCUCUUCUAUAGUUGUCCUGUGUGCGCCAAAAAAUUUCUCAUUUAUAAAGAGUUCAUACAGCACAAGAGGAGCUGCUUCAAGAAGAAGUACGUCUGCCUGCAGUGCAACAAAAUAUAUUUGCAUGUCAAUGGUUACAAUAAGCAUGUACGGAAGGUUCAUUUGAAUAUUGUGCAGAACUACAAAUGUACUGUGAACAACUGCAACAAGGAAUUUUCUUCUGAGUUCAGCUUGAAGGAGCAUAUAAUAAAUUUCCAUCAUCGGGUCAAGCGUUUUUUCUGCUCCAAGUGCAACAUGUCCUUUGGCUACAGAAGCUCCUUUCGCCGUCACAACAUUAAUAUACACCCGUGA